AUGUUUAUUGCCAUUGAACUGUUUAAAGAGAUUAUCCAGGGUGUCAAUUAUUUGCACUCACAUGUGCCACUUAUAUCGCACCUGGAUCUCAAACCUAAUAAUAUACUAAUUAAAGUAUCGGAACCAUUGAACACUGUUUGCAAGAUUAGUGAUUUUGGAUUAUUAUCAAAACCUUAUGUAAAAACAAAUUCAACACAUUGUGGGUCAUCAGCCUAUAGAGCACCGGAUGGUCUAUUCUAUGGAAUCAAAGCUGAUAUCUAUAGUCUGGGAGUUGUAUUAAAUAAUAUGUUUGAUCCGUAUUUGUCAAGCGAUGACUCUACUAACAGUACUUUACAGCCUAUCACACCGUUACCUGAAUUUUGCAAUCAACUAAACAAUUUGAAAAAAUUAAAAUCAACAAUGACCCAUGUAUGCUAG